AUGAGAAAUAUUUUCAACGUUGCAAACGAGAUUGAACCUGGUUCAAGUACUUGGGGAGCCAUGUGCGGAUUACCAAGUACACCGCUUGAUAAAUCACGGCGAAGAGAAAGAAAACAACAAGAGCGAUGCUUUAAAAAUUUUAACGGAGAUUUAUUGAGAGAUUGGAGUUUUAUUGUGGAUGAAGUAAAAAUGAAAAACGAACGAUAA